CGAACAUAGAGCUGUUGUGUGUGUGCGGGAGAAGUUGUUUGCACAGACAGCACCAGGUAGAAAGUGUUCUCUCAAAACGGAUUGGUUCAAGCUGGGAGCAAUCGGACUCACCGGGGUCUUUUUCUUUAUUCAAGUGGACGGACAGACGAAGCGUUUGCAAUGUGGUGGACGUACCAGUAUCUCAAGUGAGGAGUGAUUCCUAUUUAUUUGUUUUAAUGGACAUCUGACAUCCUGUUCGCCGGAGAAAUCUUUCAGUCAGACCUUUUUAAGAUUUUUUUUUCUUUCUGACGGAGCUCGUAUUUCACUGUGACACAUUAUCAAGGAUUCCACUAAUGUAUGCGAUGUGGAGGCUGCAAGUCGCCUUAUGUACUCUGUCGGUGCUGUCCCUGUCAUCUGCUGGAGAAAGCAAAGCGCGGAGCUGUAGCGAGGCACGGCAAGCUUAUAGCGCUAAAGGAUUCAGCCUCGUCAAUGUGCCUCAUCAGGAAAUAUCAGGUGAGCACCUGCGUGUCUGUCCUCAGGGAUACACCUGCUGCACAUCUGAGAUGGAGGACAAACUCCACCAGCAGAGCAAACUGGAGUUUGAGAACUUGGUCGAGAACAGCAGCCACACCAUGAGGACGACGUUUGUCUCCAGGCAUAAAAAGUUUGAUGAGUUUUUCUUGGAGCUGCUGGACAAUUCUGAGAAGUCUCUCAGUAGUGUGUUCACACGGACAUACAAGAAGCUGUACAUGCAGAACUCUGAGGUGUUCCAGGACCUUUUCACUGAGCUGAAGCGUUACUACACGGGGGGCAACGUCAACCUGGAGGAGAUGCUGAAUGACUUCUGGUCCAGGCUGCUGGAGCGCAUGUUCCAGUUACUCAACUCCCAGUACCACUUCACAGACGACUACCUGGAGUGCGUCAGUAAAUACACAGAUCAGCUGAAGCCCUUUGGAGACGUGCCCAGGAAGUUGAAGGCCCAGGUCACCAGGGCCUUCAUAGCUGCACGGACUUUUGUCCAGGGGCUAAUGGUGGGCCGGGAGGUUGCCAACAGGGUCGCCAAGGUGAAUGUAUUACCAGCUUGUGUCAGAGCCUUGACCAAGAUGCUUUACUGUCCAUACUGCCGCGGCAUGCCUGGGCUGAAACCCUGUCACAACUACUGCCACAACGUUAUGAGGGGCUGUCUAGCUAACCAGGCAGACCUAGAUGCUGAAUGGAACCUCUUCAUCGAUGCCAUGUUACUUGUGGCAGACAGACUGAAGGGACCCUUCCACAUUGAAUCUGUUAUAGAGCCGAUCGACAUCAACAUCUCUGAUGCCAUCAUGACCAUGCAGGAGAACAGCAUGCAAGUGUCAGCCAAGGUUUUCCAAGCUUGUGGUGAGCCAAAACCAUCAGGAGUUGGCAGAUCUACACGUGGAAUCUCAGAUGUUUUCAGUGGACGAUUCAAACCCUUCACCCCUGAAGAGAGGCCAACCACAGCAGCCAGAACAAGCCUGGAAAGACUGAGGGUUGUUUGGAGGACAAUGCAACACAGUGUGAUUGACAUCAAAGUGAAGUUAAAGGAGUCCAAGAGGUUUUGGUCCACGCUGCCUGAUGAAAUCUGUGCCAAGGGCAAGCUGACAGAGUCUGACGAGGAUCAGUGCUGGAACAGCCACACGAAGGGCAGAUAUUUUCCUGAAGUUGUGGGGGAGGGUCUUACCAACCAGGUGAGCAACCCAGAGGUGGAGGUGGACAUCACCAGGCCUGACACAUUGAUAAGACAGCAGAUCAUGGCUCUACGUGUCAUGACAAACAAGCUAAGGAACGCCUACAAUGGCAAUGACAUCUACUUCCAAGACUCAAGUGAUGAAGGCAGUACUUCUGGCAGUGGCAGCGGCUGCUCUGAUGGCUGCACAACAGAGUUUGUUUUUGUUGGAACAGAGGCUCCAGUGAUUGGAGCCGACAGAAGCGAUGAACGGGCAUCAGCAGCGGCAGCAGGAAAGUCGUCUGCCAGCGUACCCUCCCUAAUACUGGUUGUGGCCGCACUCACACUCCCACUGUGGGCAAUGCAGACUCAAUGGAGAUAAUACACGAGUGUGGCCUGAUCACUGACUUUUCUACUGUUACAUACAGUAUGUUUAACAGCAAGUUCUACUGCUGUUCCCUCACUGGACGUGUAGAACCUUCUGGAAAUCUGUGGAGAAUGGCUUAUUGUUGUGUGGUAUAACAAGAAGUGAGUGCAGCGCAGCAUCCUGCUCGUCCCCCAAAGAAUGCUUAGUGCCGUCACUGAACCAGCUUUCACAUCUCUGAAAAAAACAAAAUUUUGGGUUUUCUCAUUAUUCUAAAGUGGGUUUUAAAUUACAUACUUCUGAAACACAUCAGCUCUGAUUUUUCAGAUCAAGGGACAUUUGUUUUUAUUUUUUUCCUUUUGUAUGAUGAAGUUGUGACAACAAGACAACACCAUUUUGUCCUAUAAGUCUUUUCCCCCUCAGACAAAAGGAGAAAGUCUUACUGUGUGCAUGCAUGGAAAUGAUGUUAACUGACAAAAACAUGUUUUGUUUUAUUUAUGCAGGCUACACAGUUUUGGCUUGGUUGGUACAGGAUUGUACAGAGCUAGCAGUUCACCUGGUUUCCUGUUUGGUAAUAUCGGUGUGAUUUCAGGGAGCAGCAGUUCUUACAGCCACUUUAUAGUUGCACAUUUUAUUAUCUCUAAGAAAGUGCUAAGCUACUGCACAGAGAGAACUACUUUGCACAGAUUAUUUUUCUCUGCUUCAUAAGUUUAUAAGCUACAGGAAACAUCCACCCCAUAGAGACAGAAGAUCUAUAUUUUCAGAUAAUUUAACUGAUUGUAUUGUACUUACACAGUUGCAGUAUGUAUUUCACGGAAAGGUACUGUAACGUGAUCUUGCUGGUUUAGUUAACAGCUACAUUUUUUAAAUUAUAAAUGCAUUAUUUGUUUUAACAAGUUAUUGGAUCUCCUGAAAUAUAAAAAAUAAACAGGAAAGUUAUUGCAACAACAGAAAGCCAUUAUACAACAAUAGCAUGCUAAUGCUAAACAGUAACCUGAUUUACUCUCUUCUGUUUGGGUACUUAACAUACACCUUAAAAGUUCAGAUAUUUUAUUUCACAGACAACUCAAACGUUGAUUAGUGAUAUUAGGUAUAUUCUGAGAUAUUUCAUUUAUUUCCUUGUCUCCAUUGCUUUACUAUUUAUUAUAAUGAUUUAUGUUUUAUUUUUAUAUCACAUACAGUAUGUUACAAAUCGUAACCAUACUCCUGUAAGGUCUGCCCUCUGACAGGCCCUGGCAGUUCACACACACACAUACUACAGUGCACCACGUUGAAAUUUGCAUGUUCUUUUUCGGCCAAUGAAAACAGAUCCACAAAUAAUGCAGGUUAUAGAAGUGGUCAAGUUAAAGCAUUUACAAAGUCAGCAACUCUUAUAGAAAUAGGGCUCCAAGGUUACAGCGCUCUGCGUCUUAGAGCUAGGGUUACUUAUAACUCGUAACCUCUAUUCAUCUCCUACAGGCUUGACCUUCAACUGGCUCUGUAGUUUGCACUCCCCUAGCACAACUCGAUGGCUUUGACCUUUGGUCACACAGAAAAGGUGGUUCCAGGAAUGUAGCAGUUAUACAAACAAACAAAAAAAGGGAUAAAUGUUUGCUCUAAAUGUUUAGAGCAGCCAUGUCAUGCUGGAGUGUGCCUUGGAGGAUUCAAUCCCGUCUCAGCCCAUAAGCACCUAAAAUCAUUUCACAUAGCUAAUAAGUAAGUCACUUGUCUAAACAUGGGCCUUUCACAAACCCACAGCUGUAAUGAACAGCUGCUCUGAGCAUCUCAAUUAGACUGCACUUUUCACAAAGCAUACUAAAGCAUACAUGGGACACAAGAGUGGAAACAGCAUCAAUAUCUAAAAGAUAUCUGAUGUUCUUAUACACAAAUUACAUGAAAUGCAGUAAUGUUCCUUCAAAUGAGAAACAACAAGAAGGGACUGAUGUCCACAUUCCUAAAGUUUGCAUUAGCAGCAUGGUCGUUUUCACACACACUUCACAGCACCUAAGAGAAAAAUAUCCCCUCACUGGUCUCACAUGACUCACAAAAGAAACCCAGACACCACAGGAAGCUCCCACUGCAGAAUAGAUGGAAAAUAUUUUGACCUCCAUUGCCUUUCUCCCUGCAGAAACAGCCUGAGGAGAAGGUGACUGAACAGCAGCCUCCUACAAAAACCAGCAUGAUUAUUAAAUCACUGGUGCAGAAACCUUAAUGUGCACAGCGACAGGCCUCUCCCCAAGCAACGCCUGAGGAAAGACAAAACUAACGAAAAAGAUAGAAAAUUCAUUUAAAUGAGAUUUUAGGCUCAAACUGUAUGUAAUUUGACUACAUAAAAUUCAUAUUUUACAAAUGUAAACCAACAUGAAAUAUUACUUAAUUGUAUUUACUGUGGGCUGAGGUGAAAAAGAAAAAAAAGAAAACAAUAAUGAAGCAAAUUGGAGAAUACUGUAUAUUAUGACAUACAUAAAGCACUUGCACCCAAUCUCUAAUAAUAACAUGAAGUGGACAGAAACAUGAAUGCAUUUGCCAUUUAUUUUUCAGAUGAUCUCGUAAUUUAGUUAAAAUUGCACUUUAUUUGGAUGAAAAUGUGCAUUUUUUAGAAGGCAUAGUAUAAACUUAACAUUAGAGACAUCACUACCGAAAUAUUGUUACCCUCAUGCAGAUGUGACAUAUCAGCAGUAAUAAUUAUAAGUAAAACUGUAGGUAAUUAUAAAAAAUAAAUACACAGUCAAGGUAGUACGAAGCGGGGAAUCUCUUUAAAUAGAGGUGGGUCGAGAUAAAAGAGGUACUCACCGGCAAAGCCAUAGGGAAGUGGUAACCGUUAGGAGACCUCAUCACAUCCUAUCCCUAGUUGAAUAGUAAAGAGGAAGUGGUUGAGGUCAGAUACACAACAGUGACACUGAAGCAAGAGGCAGAGGAGGUCAUCAUUAUCUCAUUGUUUAUCUUAUUAGUCCCAUGGUCUUUCAGUCACAAUGUGAAUUUGGAUGCUUUCAAAUACAAUCAGCAUUUUUAAGAUAUUGGUCUGUAAAUCCAGUCAGUUUGGACGAAAAAGUACAUGCAAAUUUCAGUGCAUACAUGAGCGGUGACAGAGAAAGCCUGUUGAGCACUUUCAAGGACAAAAUGUGUAUGAAACAAAACCAGGGGUGCAUGUGAAACUAAAAACAUAACCACAGUUUAACAACCUCUUAAAAUCUCAAUCUUCAACAUUUUUUGCAAUUCUGUUUUGGAUAUUUUGGAUUGCUCAUGUGUCCUCUUCCUGAUCAUCUUUACAGGAGCACAGAGAGCCACCACCAUACUCAGACAGGGGUGUUAGCAAACAGAUCCUGAUCUGAACUCACUUAGUGGGUCAGACAGAUGGGAGGUAGUUAGACAGGAUGGACAUCCAGCAGUAACUAUUAAUAAUGUGCUAAAUAUUAAAUAAAGUAACUUGCUCGUGGGCAGGAUGUGCAGAAACAGUUUUCCUGAUCUGGAUUUAACCGCCCAGGAGUGCAGUCCUGGAUAGCAGCAGAUAAAAGAGCUUUCAUUUAAAAAGUGAUGCUCUGUUAUGUGGAGCAGUUGGACUCAACUUCAGCUACAGGCAUUUAGAUUUCUCAGAGAAUCAGCUACACUUUUUUAAAAUCAAACACAAAAUGAUUUUUUGUCUGCACAGGUAUCACAUUUCCAUGUCAAGUGCCACAUUGUUUCCCUUUAAAUUACUUUUUUUUCCUGGCAGUAACAGAUUUGCAUUCAGAUGAUUUUUAUCCUUCAGAGUUUUUAUAAUUGAUUAAAUAAAUAUACAGCACACAACAGGAAGAGAAAAAAGUCGAUUAGGAGUGGAGGUUACAUAUUGCUGCAGUCAUAUAAAUUCAGUUUUCAAGUAUUAAAAAAACAUUGUGGAGGCAGAUAUUUUUUAGUCAGGGUCAGCAGUGAGCCAGAAACUUAACAACUAUGUUUUCUAAAGUGUACGAAACUCAGUUACCAUUUGCAGCCACACAAAGGUUGAAUGCACCCGUGAAAGCCUCCCAAAGAUCUGUGAUUGCAACAACAGUUUUUGGAUGGGUGGAGGAUAAGGCAGGUCUUUAAUGGUGUUCCCUGAAAAACAGGAAAGAAAGUGAAUAAAAAAAACAGUCUUUCACAAGUUAGCUGAAUUUUCCAAAGAGCUUGUAUUGGUACAAACAACACCCUCCUCUCAUUACAUCGAGAGGAAUGUUUGCCAUUUUCACUGCCCUGUGUGUUCCCCUCUCUCUCUCUCUCUCUCUCUCUCUCUCUCGCUCUCUCUCUCUCUCGCUCUCUCUCUCUCGCUCUCUCUCUCUCUCUCUCUCUCUCUCUCUCUCUCUCUCUCUCUCUCUCUCUCUCUCCUGACAAGCUGCAGUACAAGGCGGACAUUCAGUAUCAUCGUCUGAGAUGCUUCAAUGCUUCAAUGCUUCAAUGCUUCAAUGCUUCAAUGCUUAGCUUAAUUUGUCUGGGACUUUUUUCUGCUUGUUUUGUUAUGUUGUUUGUCGGUUCAUUCUCUUUGGCAUUUGAAAAACAGAAAAAAAAAAAGUAAAAUCGUGGUUGGCUGAGGUUUUUUACAGAAUGUUUAGAAAACGUGUUAUGCAAGGUCUUUUCCAUUUUGAUGUUAAUUGUUUGCUGCACUUUCGCUAAACAUAUGCUGUGAGUGUGGUACUGUUGUGAUUUGCAAAAUCAGAUAACUAAGGAGCACAUUAAGACUUUUGGAGCUGUCAGUGCACGCUGUUUGAAGUGUUUUGGGGGAACUAAAGUUGAUGGUUAUACAAGCAGACAUGCCUUACCAUUUUUAAAAGACUAAAAUGGAUUGCUUAUUUGGCUUUUGUUACACAUUCUUGUAUACAGAAAAUAAUACAAAUGUAAUAAUAAACCUUUUAUUAAUAAAAUA